CUUCCCUUGCCGUGGCCCAUCAUAUUGAGUGUCUUUUAUGAGCUGGCCAUAAUGGGUAUCAUCUUUAUGGGAGUCUUUUGGCUGCCAUUGUGGCGAGGCCUUGUGGACAAUAUGACCGACUACCAACUCAAAUAUUGGACGCAAGGACCCAAUAAAUUCUUCGUCGCUUCGAUGAAAGAUGGUUCCGAUGGAAAAAAGGAAAAGAAAGAUCGCAUUUUGGGAACAGUCGGUCUGAAAAGAAGUGCUUUCGGUGGCCUUGUCGCAAACAGAAAGGAGGAGGGUAAUGGAAUGAUCAUGGAAAUCAGCCAUCUUUGUGUUCAACCCAACUAUCGAGGAAUUGGUUUGGGCGCUCAUUUAGUUCAGCACGCCAUCGAAAAUCUGCCAAAAGCAAGCGAGAAAAUGCCCGUACGAGUGAAAGUCAUUCUUCUAGACGCUCAAUACGAAGGGAUCCGUUUGUUCCAAAGAAAUGGGUUCCAAUGCAUUGACCGCAAACCUUUGUCUGUAACGCCGUCCUCAUUGCCAAUGCCAUUUCUCAAUUGGACACAUGACAUCCACGAAGUGGCCAUGGAACUUACCGAAACCAAUCCCGUCAAAGGCUCUCCGGACUAAUUGGAACAACAAACGUGCCUCAUUUCCCCCCCUUCAGUAAAGAGGGGAAAUAUUUUCGAUCUUUUCUUGACAAGAUUAUUUAUUCUCUAACUCACAGUAAAUAAAUAAAUAAAUAAAUACAUCUUUUCCAACGA